GCACAAGUGCGCUCGGGUAUAAAAAUGAGCAGCGAAAUACCAGAAAAGUGAGUAUUUAUGUGAAAUAGUUAAAAUUUAGUUGUUUUAAACCUUUUAACAUAUUCCAGACAUCCAAAAUACCACCUACCGAAAAUCCGACCACACAGGAGCAGCUUCAGUGUUAUGUGCAAUUUUGCAAGGACCAUCCGGAGCUAUAAACGGGAAAAAACAAGCCAAGUUCUCCGAAAUUGAUAGAAUCUCUGUGGAUGCAGCUAGCGGAGAACUUAAAUGCAAUGCGUGGGCCCACCCGCACGGUAGCGAAGUGGAAAGAAAGUUUUUUUUUGAAAUUUGUAUAUUUACGACGGAACGGAGCAAACCUGCUCACAUAAAUGCAUAAAUAUGUUCUUAUAUAAUUUGUAUUUCAUGUAUGUACAUAGAUACAUAUAUUUCUUUUAAUUAUGAUUGUACACAUGUGUGUAUGUGCAUAUAUACCUCAUUUACAGACAUUAACCGGAUGGAAAAACCAGCUGCGGAGCAGAGCACGAAGGGUCGUAGAGCAUACAAAGGCAACAGGUGGUGGACCACCGACAGAAUAUGUGUCCGAAUUCGAGCAACAAGCGCUGAAAACAUUUGGGGUGGCAGCAGUAUAUGGUCGCUUAAACAUGGGUACAUUGGGGCAUGAGGAACCAACGUGCAACUCCCAACCACUAGAAAUUGAUAUAAUUGAAACCGAGGUGGUCAUACCCAAUGACUUAGUUUUGUCCCCGAUGGCCGCUGGAGCUCAAGACUCUACACUGCUUCAAACACAACAGACUCCCGUUUCCGAAACACUCGGCUUAAAUGAUACCCCUACUGCCUCGACAGGUAUAAAAGACCACAAUCCACGAGUGAAAACAACGCAAGCCGUAGCAAGUUUAAAUGCUGCACUGCAUAGCCUUAAAGUUAAGGAUGAAAGAGAUGCUAGUCAGCAUGAGCUCCUGGUUGCUACGCUUCAACAGCUGAACAGUUCAGUAAUUGAGCUGACCGAAGUGAUAAAGAAGCUGAAUGCUAACCUUGACCUUUCAUAAUUUUAAAUAUAAAGUGGAACUAUUUAUUAUACACUAAAAUUUUUAUUUAGUUUUUUUAUCAACAAGAAAUGUUAUUAUUAUUUUUAUUAUUAAGAAUAUUUACAUAUCUAUGUAUAUGUAUGCAGUUACUCCCAAAAUUGAGUAUAUGGAGAUUUCCUAUUGUUCACUUGGUUUUUCAUGUUAAACAUUUUUUGUUAAUUAUUUAUUAAAAUAUAACCUAUAUAUUAAGAAAUACCACAUAAAUCGAAGUUUGAAACUUUAUACGAAAUUUAGAAUAUUUUCUGCAGUUUUGUCGAAAUUAUAAACUAUUUCAUAUGAAUUUCUAAGUAAAUUUAGAGUAUGGAGUGUUAUUGCUUAUUGGAUUUUACUAUAAUAUUGUACAAGUUUUAAAUGUCUUAAAACUUAAAGUUUUUGUUGGCGAAAUUAUGUAGAAAAUACAUAAUUCAUAUACAAAAAUCUGGGAAUACUUUAUAUUGGAAGAAUAUGCCUAGCACCGUCAGCAAAAAAAUAGCAAAAUCAAUUUUAAGACAUUUCAAUUUACACAUUAUUAUACUAAAAUGCAAUGGACAAUAAUACUGUAUACAUACUCAUAUGAAAAAGUUUUUGAUUUCGACGAAACUGGAGAAUUAUUUUAAAUUUCGUAUAAAGUUUCAUACUUCGAUUUAUGUGGUAUUUUUUAAUAUGUAGGUUAUAUUUUAAUAAAUAAUUAACAAAAAUUGUUUAACAUAAAAAACCAAGUGAAUAAUAAAAAAUCGCCGUAUACUCUAUUUUGUGAGUAAAUAACUCCCCUUUAUUUUUUACAAUAUUAACAAUAAUUUGCGUGAUACAUUUUUGUCAUUAACUGUUUAUAAAAAUAUAGUAAAUUAUGUACUAACUAUAAACCAUGUAAGUGAAAGUUUAGAACUUUCUGCACAAUUCAGGAAAAUUGAACAAAUUUCCUCAACUUUUUGAACUUAUUCAGAAUUUUUAGUUUGUGGCGUAUUCAAUUUUAGUACAAUAACGUUGAGGUUUGAAAGUUCUGAAAAUUUUCCAUUAAUUUUUGACAAUUUUUUUCUAUCUAUUUCUACAAUAGAAAAUGCGCAAAAC